UUUCUAUAUAAACAUAAAUACUUUUUACAUUUUUUAAAUGACACUGUCUUACAUGCAAUUCCAGUUCUGCACAGCAUCAUUUUAGAUAGAAAUAGUCAAUUUGCUUUACACUUUUUCUGAAAAGGUGAUUGGUUUAUGUGAAAAGCCAGGUCCAAAUCCUCACUAUUUAUGGUUUAUAUGAAUUUACCCAUCAAUUAUUUUUAUUUGUUCUGUUAUGCAAUUUGUAUAUUUCAAAUUUGAAGCUGUAAAGCACAACCUUUUUAGAUUUUCUAAAGAAUUGCUAGCCUUUCCAUUGAUGGGCCCACCUUUAAUUUUCAACAACUCUGAUCUCUAGUUACCAAACCUUCCAAAUAAAUGAAGAGAUAAAGUGCAUGAUCCACAUUUAUUUUUAUUGAUGCAAGUACAAGUUUUAAAUAAAGUUUAGGAUUUUUUACAAAAAUACGGUGCAAUCAUAUGAAAAUCAAAUGUUCUCAACCAGUUUUGUAAUCUCAUUUGCAACUUCGACCAUAUUUUUAAGAUAAGUUUGAAAACAUGGGUAUUUUUGCAUUAUGUGUACAUUAUAAUCGCAGUCUCUUGUUAGGUAUUUGGUGACUUUAUAUUGUUGGGAAGUGAAGUACCAAGUGAAGUAAGAUGAUGAUAAUGAGAAGAAGACUGGCUUGCUGUACCAGAGACCAGAAGAUUAGUCUUGAUUUUGAUCAACCAGAAAGUAUAGUGACAUAUAAUGGGCUCCAGAGCUGCAUUAUCAACAAUCAAUCUUAUGAGAAUGAUAGCGGAACUAGUAGGGGAGAUGGCUGCAUAACUGAUUCUCUAGAUGAAGAUGAUUCGAGCUGUUCUUCUAGCACCAAUGCUUCAGGAUCAUUUUCUUCUCACUGGACAAUGAUGAAGAGAGACGAGCACCGGUUGGAUGAAGAACUCUCUGAUUGCACGCAAAAGAUUUUUCCUAAGGAAAAGCCAGCUCAUAAUGUUGAACCUGUGGAUGUUGAAACAAUGAAAGAAAAGUUUGCGAAGCUGUUGCUUGGUGAUGAUGUUACAGGAGGACGAAAGGGGGUCUCGACUGCUUUAGCAUUGUCGAAUGCCAUAACAAAUCUUGCAGCAUCGGUAUUUGGGGAGCUGUGGAAACUGGAACCUCUGCCAGAUGAAAAGAAAAAUAGAUGGCGAAGAGAAAUGGAGUGGCUGCUAUCCCCUACCAACUUUAUGAUUGAGUUGGUUCCGACUAAGCAACAUGGCGUCGAUGGCCAUACCAUGGAGAUAAUGACACCAAAAGCUCGAGCUGACAUCCAUAUGAAUCUUCCAGCACUUCAGAAGUUGGACUCCAUGCUUAUUGAAACACUGGAUUCAAUGGUCGACACUGAAUUUUGGUACGCUGAAGGAGGUAGCCGAGCAGAAGGGAGGAGUGGUGGCGCUAGACAAAGCAUAAGAUGGUGGCUUCCCUCGCCACAGGUUCCCAUGGCAGGGCUCUCAGAUUAUGAGAGGAAGAAAUUGCUAAACCAGGGCAAAUUGGUUCACCAAGUUUUCAAGGCUGCAAAAGCAAUUAAUAAAAAUGUCUUGCUCGAGAUGCCUGUUCCUGAUAUCAUCCAGGAGGCACUUCCUACGUCCGGGAAGGCAAAUCUGGGGGAAGAACUUUAUAGGAACUUGACUGCAGAAUCACCCACAGUGCAAGAAGUGCUUCAUUCCCUCAACUUGAAAUCCGAACAUAGGGCCCUUGAAGUCAUUAACAGGUUGGAAGCAGCAGCAUUUGCGUGGAAAGAGAGGAUGUCAGAACAUUGUAACAAUAAAUCUCCGGUCAGAACAUCAUGGUCAUUGAUGAAGGAUUCAAUAUCAGAGAUGGACAAGACGGAGUUCUUAUUGAACCAAACUGAAAGUCUUAUACAGGAAAUCAAAACUAAAUUUCCAAAACUUCCACAAACAUUCCUCGACGUCACAAAAGUCCAAUAUGGCAAGGAUGUUGGUCACUCAAUUUUAGAAGCAUAUUCCCGGGUUCUUGCAAACUUGGCAUUCAGUAUACUUUCCAGAAUAGGAGAUAUUCUGCAGGAAGAAGUAUUAAGUAAUCCAAAUUCCCCUGCUACAACAUGCAACUUUCCCGGAGUAAACCUUAAUAGAUCCGAUCAUAGGAUGCCAAGUCUGCGCGUGAGACACUCUCUCAUUGAUCAGAUGAACAUCGUUGAUGGACAGUUCCGUGAACCAAAUAUGGUCAAGUACAGUGAUUGUGAAUCUUCAGGCGAUGAACCCAAAACAAGUUCCGUGAUGGGAACUCCAGGCCGAAGCAGAGUCUGGUGCAUAGGCAGAGAGGGUUGUGGAAGUAUCUCCCCAACAAGUUCCCCCUAAUGUGCCAAUGAUGGAUAUUGUAAAUACAUAUCAUAUGCUUCAUGUAUUACUGUAGUUUCUUUAUAUGUUAAAGGCCUCAGUUUCUUCUUCUUUGGCUAACUUAUCAAAGCCCGAUUUUGUUGCCUUGUUUCAAUUAUAAAUCUAGCAUUGUAGAUUUUUAA